AUGUGGAGAACGACCCAGUCGGAAACGCGUACGGGCAAACCAGUUCCCCCCCAGGAACACAACAUGCCCCACACAAGCUCCCCAGUGUGCCAGGCGUCAGUGACGGUCAAUGUGGCUCCAAAAGUGGAGGUGUUGAAAGACAUGACAGCCACGCUGCCAUGCACGUACACCGUGUCACCGUCGUCCAGCAACACCCUUGUAGAGUGGCACAUCGAGAUGCAGGGAAACAGGAAGCGCGUGGCUUACCGCACGCAGGACGGUGAAUCUAAAAGCGACAAGGGCACCCCACUGAGCGGCCGCGUCAGCAUUGGCGACGACUUCAGCUUGACCAUCACAUCGGUCCAGCCCACCGAUGGCCUUGUCUUCUUCUGUUCAGUCACUGCCGGACCCGCUGGCAAUGGAGAAGCCUCCACAAUGCUCAAAGUCUUCUUUCCUCCAGAGAAGCCCACCCUCACACAGGCAUCUACCCAAGCCAUUUCUGUGGGACAGUCAAGCAGCUCAGAGAUUGGUACAUGUGUGACAAUGAAUGGACACCCGCAACCAAGGAUCAUCUGGUUUAAAGAUGGUCAGCCCCUUGCCGAGGUCAAGGACAGGAAAGAAAAGACCUUCAUGGUGCCCUCUCUGGUGAAGGAAGCAUCAGGCUUGUUCACAAUCAAGAGCACUCUGUACAUGCAACCCACCAAAGCCGACAAGGACUCGGUGUUCCAGUGCACAGUCGAGUACAGCCUGCCAGGAGACCAGAUCUUGCAAAAGAAGUCUGACACGAUCAACCUUAACCUGAACUACCCCUCGGAGACAGCGACGUUUACCCUGCUCAACAAAGGCGGUAUCAAAGAAGGCGACGAAGUCACUAUGAAGUGCGAGACCGAUGGAAACCCACAGCCCGAGUUUGACUUCACCAAAGAUGGCAAGCCCAUCAACGGCCAAGGUGGCCUAUUAAUAUUGAAAUCUGCCAAGCGCACUGAUGCUGGUCUUUACACAUGCAAGGCCAUUGAUUUCGACAACCUCGAUGCCGAACUGACGGGCGAUGUUACUCUCACUGUGAACUACAUUGAUCCAAUGAGUGUGACUCCGGUGAAGCCUCAGGUUGUCAUGUUUGGAGACAGUGUGGAGUGGCAAUGCAAGACUAAAGCUUCUGCCCCACAUACAGUGCAAUGGAAAAAGGGUUCAGAGGUUCUCUCUCAGGAUGGGACCCUGUCGAUAACAGCUGACACCUACGAAAAAGACGGAGAGUACAUGUGUGUCGGUGCCGUGCCGUCUGUGCCAGGACUGACAGGCCAGGCUAGCGCUGUCCUCACUAUCAAAGGGAAACCUAUGAUCGAGACACCAGUUGGUGGUGAGGUGUCCAAGGAAGGAGAUUCAGUAUCCCUGAGGUGCUCCGCCUACGGUUCACCCGCACCUCAGUUUACCUGGAAGCCCUCAGGAAAACAGUCAGUGACAGUGGAGGGCAACAAGGUGGUGAGCACCAUCAUCAUGCCGGCCACUGCGGCCAUAAUGAAGGAUGGCGUGACCUGCGAGGUGGCCAAUGAACACGGCACAGAUAGCAAGACUUUCACCGUAUCGCUCAAAAGAGCUAAUGAAAACUCCGCCAACAGAGUGCUGCUCUCUGGAAACCCUAUGCUUGAGUCAGCUGACCAGCAGCAGGGCGGUUCCAGUGGAGUUGUGAUAGCUGUGGUGGUGUGCGUGCUGCUGCUCCUACUGCUGGUGGCCCUUAUUUACUUCCUGAACAAGAGGAGCAAGCUUCCCUGUGGCAAGAAAGACAAGAAGGAAGUGGCCAACAGAGAUGUAAACAAUGACAUUGUAGUGGAGAUGAAGACGGACAAGGCCAAUGAAGAGGCUGGUCUUCUCAACAAGAGACCGCCCGCAGAACAGGAGAGCGCAGAGCACGAGGGAGGAGGCGGGAAAUGGCUGGUGACGCCGUUGCAAAUGCAAUGGUGA